AUGAAGAUAACCGCGUUACUUGUUCUCAAGUGCACUCCCGAAACUUCGGAUCCAGUCAUCCUCGCAAACGCUUCAGACGUGUCUCACUUCGGCAAUUUCCAACGAUCUAGCGUCAAGGAGUUCCUCAUCUUCGUCGGACGCACUGUCUCUAGCCGUACCCUUCCUUCUCAACGCCAAUCCGUACAACACGAAGAGUACAAGGUACACGCUUACAAUAGUAAUGGCCUAUGCGCUGUGGGAUUCAUGGACGAUCAUUAUCCUCUUCGAAGUGCCUUUUCUCUUCUCAAUCAGGUGAUAGAUGAGUACGAGAAGAGUUUUGGUGAGACAUGGAAGUCUGUUAAAGAAGACUCCACUCAACCUUGGCCUUACUUGGCCGAUGCUCUUACCAAAUUCCAGGACCCAGCAGAGGCUGAUAAGCUGUUGAAAAUCCAGAGGGAGUUGGAUGAGACCAAGAUCAUCAUUCAUAAAACCAUUGAUAGCGUUCUAGCCCGUGGUGUGGAGCUAGAAAAACUAGUGGAGAAGAGCUCAGAUUUGAGCAUGGCAUCACAGAUGUUCUACAGACAAGCGAAGAAAACGAAUUCAUGCUGUAGUAUUAUGUGA